UAUCGUAUAAAUAGAAUGGCAAGGUUGAUUGUAUUUAGUUUUGAAAAUAUGAUUUACCGAACAGUAUUAUUAUUUUUUGUAGUGUAUUCGGGUGUUAGUAGUUUUUCGCCAUUUUUUGGUGGACACCAUGCACAUCAUCAUGGGUUUAUGCACCAUCGUGGACCUCAUUUUCAUAGGCCUAAUCCAGAAAUAGAUAGUAAUGAGGAUACGUUGCAGUUGGUACAUGUGUUGUUCAGGCAUGGUCAUAGAAAUCCAGACGCAGUGAGCUUAUAUCCUAAAGGGCCUUAUUACAAUGAGAGCUUCUAUCCAGAAGGCUAUGGACAACUCACCAAUGAAGGAAAAAUGACUGAAUAUACUUUAGGCACCGAAUUGAGAAAAAGAUACGACAAAUUCUUAGGAGAUACAUGGAAUAUCAACUACUUGGAAGCAAGAUCUAGCGAUUAUAACAGAACAAAAAUGUCGCUUCAGCUAAUGUUGGCAGCACUAUACCCACCAAAAGGAUCUCAAAUUUGGUCUCAAUUACCAUGGCAACCUAUACCUUUUAAUUAUGUACCAACUAGUCAAGAUAAGGAAUUAUUCCCAUUCGAUGCUUGUAUUAACAAGUAUGAAGCACUAAUGAAAGAAAUUACACAAAGACCAGACAUAUCAAAGUAUUUCAAUAAUAGAUAUGGAGAAACGUUUGAUAUCCUUACAGAAAGGGCUGAAAGAAAAAUGGAUAUUGUCCAGGCUUUCUUUUUGUAUGUUGGGUUUUAUAUACAGGAGGAACUGGGCUAUUCCUUGGAAGAUUGGACCAAAUCUGUGUAUCCAGAACCACUUCAUUCUGCUGCUGUGGAUAUGUAUUAUAUUAUGACUAAUAAUACUGAAAUAAAGAGCAUAAUUUCAGGAUACUUGUUGAAAAAAAUUCUAAGUGACACAAAAGCCAAAAUAGACAACCAAAUUCAACCAUCCCAAAGAAAAAUGUUUAUCUAUUCAGGACAUGAGCUAAACGUUGCAACAAUGUUGCUUUCUUUGAACGCAUAUAAGCUUUCAGAUGUUCCACCCUAUGGAUCAUACAUUCUAUUUGAGUUACAUCUCAUAAACGGCGUUCAUGGAAUUAAACUAUUUUAUCAAAACUACAAAAAUGAAGAGCCUAUUCAACUAAAACUGCCAGGAUGUGAUUCUUUUUGUCCCUUUCAAGAAUUCUACAAAUUGGUCGAUGAAAUAUUGCCCAAAUCUGAUGAAGACUGUUAUGAAAAUAUAGCAUAAUGAAUCUCACAAAAAAAGACUGCUUAGUUUUAAGUAUUGUAAAAACUAAUUUAUAUUAUUUAUUAAUAAAUCAA